AUGACAACAAGAACAGAAAUCUCACCGCUAUCUUCAGCCGUGCAAACUACCCCGGAUCAAUCCCGUGGUGGUGAUCAGAGAUCAAAUCCGCAUAAUACGUUCUUAGGACGCCCCUCACGCCGGGGCAGAGGAGGAAACCGUGGAGGAAGUGGGAAUGUGAAUACAGCUCGUGGUAGAUCAUUGUUUUAUGGGAGAGAAAGAGGAAGAGGUGGGGGACUAAAUCGUGGAGGACCUGGAACUGGGACAACUUCAACAAGAAGCAGGGGACGAGGUGAUGCUGCAAUUACUACGAGAACAGUGACCGGAACGGCGAGGUCCUUUGGUGGCCGAUUAACGCGAGAGGAGCCAGAGGGAACUAAUAAUGUUAGAGGAGACGCCUUUCUUGAUCGGGGAGACCAGGCCUCAUUACAACACAAUGCGCCGGAAUUCGUACCCGGAGUCCAAGUUUAUCCCCCUUCCUCCAGUCGCCCAUUCAGAACCCUUACAUCUGCGUCUUCAGCCGGUUUUCAAAAAUCCGUUCCUACUCCUGCCCACACACGAUCGGCUACAAAAACAAAAUCUACCGCUCACGACAUUGCCACUUGCACACAUGAAGAUAUCGCCAACGGUUUGUACGAAUGUCCCAUCUGCACGAGCGAACUUGGUCGCAAAUCGAAGGUGUGGUCAUGUACGUUAUGCUGGACGGUCUUCCAUCUCACCUGUAUCAAGAAAUGGUCAAAUAAUGAGGGCUCGGUAAUGUCGAGACCAAGACAGCAGCAAGGACAUGAAGACGGGGAGGAGCAUCCGCGACAGUGGCGGUGUCCUGGGUGUAAUUUGCCUCACGACAUUUUGCCACAGACAUAUACAUGCUGGUGCGAGAAGGAGACGGAUCCACGAUCUCUACCUGGGUUGCCACCCCAUUCGUGCGGACAGACUUGUUCCAAGGCGAGGAAAGGAUGUCCACAUCCCUGUGAUUCUGUGUGUCAUGCGGGUCCUUGCCCUCCUUGUAUGGCUAUGGGGCCAACACAGUUUUGUUUCUGCGGGCGCCAUGAGUCGAGGAAGAAAUGUGUUGAUACGGAUUACAAGAACGGGUGGAGUUGCCAGGAGCCGUGCGGGGAGUUAUUGCCAUGUCUUCAACACAAGUGCAGUCGACCGUGUCAUGAAGGGCUUUGCGGAGCUUGCGAGGAGCUUGUCGAUGCCAGAUGUUAUUGCGGAAAGUCGCAGACACGGAUGGUAUGCAGUAAUCGCGAGGAGGAGAAAAAGAGUAGUCUCGCCCAUGGUGAGAACGUAUCUGGAGAAAAAGUGGAGGAAUGGUUAGGCUGCUUUGAUUGUGGAGAGAUCUGUAAUCGCCCGUUUGACUGUGGACUCCAUACUUGCCAGAAGCGGUGCCAUCCACAACACCCAAGCAUUCCGCAUUGUCCCAGUUCUCCUGAUGUUGUAACGCGCUGUGGAUGUGGGAAGACACCAUUGUCACAUAUUCCUGGCUACAAACCUAGGAAAUCUUGUCAAGAUCCCAUACCAAAUUGCAAAGAACCAUGUGGAAAACCCCUCCCAUGUCAACACCAUUGCCCCGUUCUCUGCCACACCGGCCCGUGCCCGCCAUGUUUUUUAAGAGUGUCCAUAAACUGUCGAUGUGGGAAAAGUUCUUUCCAAUCAAUAUGCCAUCAAGGUAUAAUUGAACCACCUCACUGCUUCCGGAUGUGUAAGGCCACGAUGAACUGUGGUCGACACGCCUGCGGUGAGCGGUGCUGCCCCGGUGAGCGCAAGGCAAUCGAACGGCAAGCCACGAAACGCAAGCUAAGGUCGAUUUCUGUUGGUGUUCAUACUCAUGUCAACGACAUCGAAGCGGAACAUAUAUGUACCCGAGUUUGUGGCAGGAUGCUUAAAUGCUCCAUACAUACGUGCCAGGAACUGUGCCACAAGGGAAGCUGUGGUACAUGUCCAGAGGCAAUAUUCGAUGAAAUAUCCUGCAACUGCGGCAGAUCAGUGCUUUACCCACCAUUACCAUGUGGCACUCGUCCUCCUCCCUGCCAUUACGAUUGCGCGAGACCAAAGUCAUGCGGACAUCCUCAGACGUCGCACAACUGUCAUACAGAUGACGAAAGCUGCCCCAAAUGCCCGUUUUUAACAGAAAAAAGCUGCUUGUGUGGGAAGAAGUCAUUGAAGAACCAACCUUGUUGGCUAACAGAUCCCCGUUGUGGCCUUGUCUGCGGCAAGGAGAUCAAGUGCGGCUCCCACACAUGCAAGAAACCCUGCCAUAGACCGGGGGAGUGCGAGGAUGUCCUCGAGCCCUGUCGCCAGCCAUGCGGUAAGAUAAAAAAGCUUUGCUCCCACCCAUGUACGGAUGCAUGUCACGCUCCAUUCCCCUGCCAGGAGAAAACCCCAUGCCAAUCCCUAGUCACAACAACAUGCCCCUGCGGUCGUUUAAAACAGGAGAAGCGCUGCAACGCUUCACGAGACAACAAAACCCGCAUCCAACAACAUCAUCAAUCGCCCGUGCCACUAAAAUGCGACGACGAAUGCGCCCGCCUCCAGCGCAACCGCUCCCUUGCCUCUGCCCUAAACAUCUCUAUAGACCCUCACACAACCACAACUAACGUCAUAACCGCAACUGCUGAUGGCCAAUCCCCAACUUCAACGCCGGCCAACUUCCCCUACUCCUCCGAAACCCUAGACCUGUAUCUCACCCUCUCCGCAACUUCAACUCUAACUACUCUGCAAAGCUACGAAACGAUCCUCCACAGCCUCGCAACAAGCCAAACACAACGCACCGCCCGCUUCCCGCCAGCCCGCUCCCAAGUGCGCGCCUUCAUCCACUCCCUAGCCACGGACUGGGGCUUCAAGUCCGAAUCGUGUGACCCGGAGCCACAUCGACACGUCGCCGUGUUCAAGAGCACGCAUUGGAUGCCGCCGCGUGGUUUUGGGGCUGAGGUUGAUGGGGCCGUGGUGGGGAUUGGGAUUGGAGGGGUUAGUGUUGGUGAGUGCGCGAAGAUGCGUGAGAGGGAGCGGGCGCGGGAAAGAGAGAGUAGGAGGAUAGCUGCUGCGGCGGCGGAGAGGAACAAGAUGGAGAGUCGGGCGGUGUACGCUGGUGGUGAUGGGGAUGGUUCUACCCAUGUGGCGUCUGCGGGAGGUGAUGGGUGGGCGCAGGUUGCGUCGCGGAAACGACCCGUGGUGGAUACGGGAUUGGCAGAAUCUGAGUUUGGAUUUGGAGACGUUGGCGGUACGAGUGCUGGUGGGGGGAUGAGCGGGACGUUAGUUCUGAGGAGUGGAGUUGGGGUUGGAGGGAGGGGAAAGGCUGCUACCCCCAGCUCUGGUGUUGGUGGUGGUUGGAGGAAAUUCCCUGCGGGUUUUGUGGAGGAUGUUGUGGAUGAUUGGGAGGAGGCGGUUGAGAGGGAAGAGAGGGAGAUGGAAAAAGGUGGUCAAGUUGCAGAUGGUGACGGUGCGAGUGAAGGAAAAGAUGAGAAUGAGAAUGAGACUGGAAAUGCAAAGGGGAUUCCAGACAAACAUGUGAUGUCAAAUGAAGAGGGGAAGGCAAUUCAGUCAGGAGAAUGA